AUGAAGCUUCAAAUCAGUGCAACUUUACUCCUUGCUGCGUUGCCCUGGGUGCAUGGUGCACCUGCUCGAAGGGAUACUACGAACCCAGGACUGCGAGGCAGCGAAUCGCUCAUCGGAUAUUCUUCGUCGAAUAAGGGGGGCAGUGACUCGCCACCAGACAUCAAGUAUACGCUCCUUCCCGGGCAAAAGGAGGAUCCCAAUAUUGGGUCAUAUCUCGAUUUUCAGAAAGCCGACAAUCCCCAACCGAUCCGUGGUUCCACGGGUUCCGAUGACCCCGGCCCGAGGAAUUACAACUACGAUAGAAUUAAUAGUGAUAAGCUUGCACCUCCGGGAACUGACCAUGGUCAGACCAUCAAUGCGCAAUGGCCGAUGGGAUUGAGUCAUAACAGACUUGGACAGGAUGGAGCUGGUUGGGCUCGCCAAGAGAACGUGAAUGUGAUGCCGGAUGCAACACUGAUGGCGGGUGUGGAUAUGCGCCUAGAGCCCGCCGGCUAUCGUGAGCUCCACUGGCAUGUGGCUGCUGAAUGGUCUCUUGUGUUAAAUGGAUCUUGCAGAAUUCAGGCUGUGAACGAGAAUGGAGAGACAUUUAUCGAUGACGUUGCUGCGGGAGAUGUCUGGUUUUUCCCACCGGGUGUUCCUCAUUCCAUCCAAGCCCUCGACGAUGGAGUUGAGUUCCUGCUAGUGUUCGACGAUGGAGAUUUCAGUGAAGACAACACAUUUUUGGCGUCAGAAGUCUUCCUCCAUACUCCUAAGGAAGUUCUUUCAAAGAAUUUCGGUCUCGACAUAUCAGCCUUUGACAAAAUUCCCCAAGAUGAGUUAUAUAUUUUCAGCGGUACUCCAGCACCCAAAGACAUAGAAAAGCAAAAUGUAACAACGGCAUCUGGAAUUAUUCCUCGCACUCAAAGUUACUCCUACCACUUUUCCGAGCAACCCGCUCACGAAGUCGCAGGCGGCUCGGUGAAGAUCGUCGACCCACUGACUUUCCCCAUCGCUGCCAACUUUUCGGCGGCAGUCGUUACCGUUCAUCCAGGUGGCAUGCGUGAAGUACACUGGCAUCCUACUAGUGACGAAUGGACAUUCUUCAUUUCUGGUCAGGGCCGAGCAACACUCUUCACUGCACCAAAUGCUGCGACCACUUUCGAUUUUGCAGGUGGUGAUGUUGGUUAUUUCCCUAAGUCUAACAGCCACUAUAUUGAGAAUACAGGUGAUGUGGAUUUGGUGUUUGUGGAAGUCCUCCAGGCGCCUCAGUUCACUGACAUGGCCCUUGGCCAAUGGAUUGCAUCCACACCGAAGCAGAUAAUUGCAGAUACGUUAAACCUCAGCAACGAUACUCUAAGUAAGCUCAAGACAGAGAAGCAAUAUGUUGUCGCGGGUACAAGCAGUUGA